AUGGAGAAGUCACUUAACUUUCUAUUUACCGGUGCCAAAAUUGCAACAACCAAAUAUUCAAUUGAUAAUGAUUCUUUUAGCAGCUACGGUGAAAGUGGUCAUGGUGAAAAUAAUCAUGAUCGUCUACUGAACAAAGGCAAUUUGGCUACAUUUAUAUUACGGAUAAAAGAUAUAGGAUUGACUGAAUCAACCACAGAUAUGAGAAUGCUGUCCUUGCUUUGCCAAUCCUCGCCUUUAUGUCUGCAUCUGAACCUCCUUGUUCAUCGAUGAUGCUUCCCAGGUAUGUGAAGGAUUCUAUAUCUUCCAGAGUUUCGCCAUCAAGAGUGACUGGAUUACUGUUCUCCGUUUCGAAUUUGAGGACCUUGGUUUUCCAUUUGUGUAUGUUGAGGCCUACUGAUGCAGAAACUGCUGCUACACUGGCUGUCUUUAUCUGUAUUUGUUCGUGUGUAUGGGAUAGGAGGGCUAGGUCAUCUGCGUAGUCCAGAUCGUCUAAUUGGUUCUGAGCUGUAUUCCGUGUUUUCCUUCAGAUGUCGAGGUCUUCAUAAUCCAGUCGACCACCCUAAGAAAGAGGAAGGGAGAGAGUAAACAGCCUUGUCUGACCCCGGUCCUUACUUGGAAUACAUCUGUCAGCUGUCCUCCAUGCACGACCUUACACUGUAGUCCG